CCCACCAUUGUGUCACAGGGAGUUUUUGAAAACAGCUCUUAUUGAGGCUUGUCCCAAAAGCUCUGCUUCACAUCAGCGGUUUGAGUAAAACCGAAGAAGGCAACUAAGAGGAAUCAUCAUGCCUACCAGUCUGUGUGGAACAUGGGACAUGAUCAGCAAUGUCAACUUUGAGGGCUACAUGAGAGCACUUGGUAUCAGUGCUUGUUUGAGAAAAAUUGCUCUGAAGCUGAAGCUGAGGAAGGUGAUUGAGCAGCAGGGAGACCAGUACCUCGUCAAAACUCUCAGCACCUUCAAAAACUACACCAUCUCCUUCAAAAUCGACCAGGAGUUUGGGGAGUUCACAAAGGGACUGGACAACAGGCACAUCAAGUCGACGGUGACAUGGCAGGGAAGUAAGCUGACGUGUGAGCAGACUGGAGAGAAGAAGAGCCGAGGCUGGGCUCACUGGGUGGAAGACGACAAGCUCCAUCUGGAGCUGUACUGUGAAGGAGAAGUGUGCAAGCAGGUGUUUAAGAGGAAUGAGUGAAGAGGAAUGUAGGAGACGUUCUAGGACUCUUCACCCGGUGAUGGAGGACGCCUGGUCCACCACGGCUGACCCUGAAGAAGACCCACAUCAUUUUAGAGAGUGUGGAGCUUUUUUAGGGUGUAAAUUUACGCCACUAGGAGGCAUCCUUGCACUUCUUUUUUACUUGGUGAAGCUGCUUUGACGAUAAUAAGAUGAACACUAAACAUAACGCUACUUUUAGUUUUCCUUUUAUUCGUAAUACUUCCUUGAGGCUCCUAGAGUUCAGUGUGAAUUGUUUGUGCUUGCUGUAAAUUUCCAUGCAUGCUGUUUUGAGAGCAAAUGUAAAAUACUUUUGGAAAAAAUAUGAUUGCUUUUGUACGAUUUCAAUUUUGUCACAUAAAUUUGUUUUAUAAA